CAGGACAACGGGCGUUGCCGGCGCCUUGUGACUCUGGGCUGUGGGCGCGCUCGCGGCUCUCCGGCCAUGGUUUUCUCAAAUAAUGAUGAAGGCCUUAUUAACAAAAAGUUACCCAAAGAACUCCUUUUGAGAAUAUUUUCCUUCUUGGAUAUAGUAACUUUGUGCCGAUGUGCACAGAUUUCCAAGGCUUGGAACAUCUUAGCCCUGGAUGGAAGCAACUGGCAAAGAAUAGACCUUUUUAACUUUCAGACAGAUGUGGAGGGUCGCGUGGUGGAAAACAUCUCCAAGCGCUGUGGCGGGUUCCUGAGGAAGCUCAGCUUGCGCGGCUGCAUUGGUGUCGGGGAUUCCUCCCUGAAGACCUUUGCGCAGAACUGCCGAAACAUUGAACACUUAAACCUGAACGGGUGCACAAAAAUCACUGACAGCACGUGUUACAGCCUUAGCAGGUUCUGUUCCAAGCUGAAACAUCUGGACCUGACCUCCUGCGUGUCCAUUACCAACAGCUCCUUAAAGGGCAUCAGCGAGGGCUGCCGGAGCCUGGAGUACCUGAACCUGUCGUGGUGCGAUCAGAUCACCAAGGACGGCAUCGAGGCCCUGGUGCGAGGCUGUCGCGGCCUUAAAUCUCUGCUCUUGAGGGGCUGCACCCAGUUAGAAGAUGAAGCUCUGAAACACAUUCAGAACUACUGCCAUGAGCUUGUGAGCCUCAACUUACAGUCCUGCUCACGCGUGACGGACGAAGGCGUGGUGCAGAUAUGCAGAGGCUGCCCCCGGCUGCAGGCCCUCUGCCUCUCGGGCUGCGGCAACCUCACCGACGCCUCCCUCACCGCCCUGGCUUUGAACUGCCCGAGACUCCAGAUUUUGGAGGCUGCCCGAUGUUCCCACUUGACUGACGCAGGUUUUACGCUUUUAGCUCGGAAUUGUCAUGACCUGGAGAAGAUGGAUCUGGAAGAAUGCAUCCUGAUAACCGACAGCACGCUCAGCCAGCUCUCCAUCCACUGCCCCAGGCUGCAAGCCCUGAGCCUGUCCCACUGCGAGCUCAUCACAGACGACGGGAUCCUGCACCUGAGCAACAGCGCCUGCGGCCACGAGAGGCUGCGCGUGCUAGAGUUGGACAACUGCCUCCUCAUCACUGACGUGGCCCUGGAGCACCUGGAGCACUGCCGCGGCCUGGAGCGCCUGGAGCUGUACGACUGCCAGCAGGUCACCCGUGCAGGCAUCAAGCGGAUGCGGGCUCAGCUCCCUCACGUCAAAGUCCACGCCUACUUUGCGCCGGUCACCCCGCCCAGCGCGGUGGGAGGCGGCGGACAGCGGCUGUGCAGGUGCUGUGUCAUCCUCUGACCCAGCGCGCCACGAGGUGUCCCUUCCUGAGGGAAGACCCGAGUCUUUCUGACCGACUCCACCAUCACCCAGACCUGUUGAUUUUUCCAGUGGGAAGGGCGUUUACAGGUAAAAGACUUCCGUAGGGACAGCAGGAACUCUGGUGACAGUUCCCUCCCUCGUUCUGCUGCGAAGCAAUCAGCUCGAAGCCUCGCGUCAGUCAACCCGUGGCAAGGGCCGUCUCAGCGCAGCCAGGACCAUGCAAGAAACCCGGAUCUCUUAAGAGGUAGGUGCCGCCUUCCUAGGGAUAAAUUCCUGUCAGCGUUCCUCAGCAGACCAUCAGUGUUGGCGCAAACUGAGCAGAAAGAUAAGCUGUUGAUUUUCUACCUGAUACUCAAAGCCAGGGGCCUACUUUUAUUCACAAUGAUUCCAUUUUGAUUAGAAGGACCUUUCCAGUUUGAAGAUCAAACAGCAACUUUAUCAGAGUGACUGUACUGUAAAUUCAUAAUGCCUGACAGUUUUCUAUGUAGAGACUUAAGUGGAAGGCAAGUUAAUAGGUUUCCAUGAGACACCAAAGAAAUGAGGACUCCAGAGUGGGUGGAGCUGGGUCUUCACCUUUCUGUUUCUGUCAACUUGUCGUAGACACGUCUGGGGACCAAAAACACAAACUAAACAAAAGCAACUCAGAGUCUGUGUUGCCUGGUUGGAAAUUACAAGCUCUGGCAUAUGCUACAGCACAUAGUGUGUUUUUGUUCUAGAAAAGCUAAUCAUUGUCAUCUCUCACAAAAUUUGGGGGAUGUUAAAGAAACAGAGUUAAGGCUCAAGUUAUCUACAAUAUAAUUGAUUAAAAAUAAUGAAUGGUGCAUGUAGAAUGGGUGUGAUUUUUUUUUCCCCAAGUUUAUUUUAAAGUCUCGGAAAUCAAGUUACACCAAAAAUUUUACACACUUAAAACUCAGAUCAGUAAAGCGUUGGCACCUUUGAGACUUACUUACAAGAAUGAAUAAACCAUGGCGAUGCUUAUUACGUCAGUUUUACGGCCAUUUUCUUAUGUAGGACAAAUCUGAGCAACACCAUUGUCCAAAUUCAGACCUUCCUAAUGUUACCUAAGAGCUGAUAAGAUGAUCUAGUUUCUGCUCUGUGCUGUCACAUCUGUGACCUUUAUCAAUUAAGACCAGGAACCCACACCGAGGAGCCCAGAGCUCACGAGCUGAAGGAAAGAGCAAGCACAGACACCUCCCCGCGCCCAGCAGCGCUUCUGGGUGGCGGGCAGUACAGAGGCGGUUAGGACGCAAGGCCUCAGCUGCACUCCAUGGAGAGAUGGCAGAGAGGGACCGACUCCAGAGCUACCGGGACUGUCAGGAUCAUCGUCAGGGUCCUGAUGAUUUUACUGCCUGGUGACGCACCCGAGUACUUCCCAGUCUGGAGCCUGUGUGAAUACCUUAGCAGUUAUUUAAAUAGACAUUUACAUGAUGGAUGCAGGAAGUUAUGAAUACAGCUUCUGUUUUAAAAUUCUAAAUGAUCAGGACAUUCUAUGUAUUACCUCUUUUGAGCCAGGACACAACCUAUCACAGCAUCUGGACUCUGCGGUCAGUGACGCAUGACUGUAUCAUUUACAAAACAGGAGAACUGGUGAUAACAAGGACACAAACCUGGCUUUCUUAAGUGUGGAACAAUUACUGGAAUAACUGGUCCUCCGCUGCAUCAGCUUUGAGAAAACAACAAACUCAAGGAAAUGAAAAAAAAAAAAAAAAAAAAACACUCACCUCUUGUAAUAUUUGGAUGUGUACGCAGAACAUACCCAGGGAACCCCUGGAUUCUAUGACUUGAGGUGACACUGGCAGGAACUGGGAUUUUAAAUGAGACACACAUUUGCAAAACAAUCGGAAAACAUUUAUUAUACUGAAAUGUGUACAUCCUACUAUUAAAAAAACAAAGUAGCAAAUUUGCUGGUGCCAUAAUUUAACCUGUUUCACUGGGACAGACCAAGUUCAAUGCCGCCUGGUGUAAAUUUCAAGUUUGAUGGGCUUUUAAUUUUUUUUUUUUCUCCACUUCGCAAACCUGAUGAGGAAUUCAAAAUAGCACACAGCAUUAAGUGACAUUUAUUGUUCCAUAAAUCUUGAGACUCAAAGGAAUGCUAAAUAGACAAGCAAAACUCUAAAACAAUUAAGAGAAGCUCACUUCUUUCCCAAGUGAUUGGUACAGAAAACAUGUGGUCACACACAAGCUAAGGGACGAUGACAGAAAGGAAAGCUCUCCUGCCUCAGGGUCUAUACGAGUUACAGAUAUUUUCAAGCUGAAGAUGGAAAGAUUUAGAGACAGUACUUUUUCAUAUCAAAUUACCCCUUUAUGGGUAACAUAAAACAUAAAAUGCCAAAGCUUUUAACGCUUUUAACUACUGAAGUAGUUUCUCUUCUGGGAGAGAUUUCAAACUCAAAAUUACUCAUUCCUAUUUCUGAAGAGAAGGAUCAAAUAAUACAUUCAAAACCCAAAUACCUUGGUAAACGGACAGAGGUGUAUACUUAAAAUGGAA